ACUGCCGAUAACGGUUCAGUAUCUAUAUCAGUAGAUAUAUCAAUGUUUCUCCCAGAUUUUUCCAACACGUUUCACAUCCCCAUUUAGAAUGGCCAGGCUCGGCUGCUUUCCCUGGCCAUAACCACCUGGGACGGCCGUGCGCAGAAGGACUGCAGUGGAGCGACCAGCGCUGUUGCCAAACAACCCGCCACUCUGAUAAGAAGCAACACGGGAUCAGUUACCCAGCUCCCGAGGCUUCCACACAAACCUGAACAGAUGUUUUCGUUAACUGUACUUGAUCUGUAAUUAGAGCCUGCUUGGUACAAUCACGCUCGACUUCGCGAGUUAGUGUCUGGCAUGGAGGUUCGCAAUUGAUGCGCGUAACAUUGAGCCGGAGGUCUCCAGACACACUUGCGGGCGCGACCAAACCGUUCAUCAGCUACCCGCGCGCUGGAGUUUCGCAACUCACGCUUCGGUGUGACAUUUUUAGAGAGCCUGUACUGAACCGUGACUAAAAGGGAAAAAUGACCGACCCUCCAGCCCCAGACCCCAUCCCGAAUCCAACUAUUGUGGAUCCUUCAGCUGUCAACGGACAGUGUGAACAAAUAGACCAGGAGCCGCCCCGAGGAGAGAGUCAGGGAGAACAAUUCAAAAUGGACCAGGAGAUGAAGAUCAGUGAAAACGUGGACGGAGAAGGUCUGCUGGAGAGCAGCAUGAGACUGAAGCCUCAUGAGGCCCAGAGUUACAGGAAGAAGGCCCUCUACGUGUCCUGGGUGUCCAUCGUGGUCACCAUCAUCCUGGCCAUCGCUGCUUUCACUGUUUCUGUCAUGAGACACAGUGCUUCAGCCUUUGGAUUCGCCUUUGACGCCACGCUGGACGUGCUGUCCUCCAUCAUCGUGUUGUGGCGCUAUAGCAACGCUGCAGCUGUCCAUUCAGCACACAGGGAGUACAUUGCAUGUGUGAUCCUGGGUGUGGUCUUCAUCUUGUCCUCCCUGUGCAUUCUGGGAAAGGCCAUCCAUGACCUGGCCACUAAGCUGCUGCCCGAGGUGGAUGACUUCCUGUUCAGCGUGUCCAUCGUCAGUGGGUUGCUGUGCAUCCUCCUGGCUGUGGUCAAGUUCAUGCUGGGCAGAGUGCUGACCAGCAGGGCCCUCAUCACCGAUGGUUUCAACUCCCUGGUGGGAGGAGUCAUGGGCUUCUCCAUCCUCAUCAGUGCUGAGGUGUUCAAGCACGAGCCCCAGGUGUGGUACCUGGAUGGAACCAUCGGGGUGCUCAUAGGCCUCAUUAUCCUCGCCUACGGCAUCAAGCUUCUGGUGGACACGGUGCCUCGGAUCAGACAGACGAGGAACUACGAGCGCUUUGAGUGAAGGACUGUUGGGGAGGGAGGGGAGAGAGAGCUCCUGGGGGGGUGGUGGGGGUGGACAACCUCCGAGCUCCAGGCGCAGGGGGAUGUACAGGCUCCUGUCCAUCCUUCAGCACCCCCCCCCCACCCCCUUUCUCUAGGGACCCCUCCCCAGGAUGAGAGCCCCCAUGUUGACCAUCCAGGUGCCAGUGGUACUUCAGUUUAAAGACACCAUGUAUCCAUCCGGCAACGUUUCCUCCAUUCAGUCCGUCUGCCUCACAUCGACCAACCUGGCAACCCGGUGGAACUGUGAAGGCAGAGAGAAGAAGCAGGGGGAUCUCUGGGUUGGUUGAGAGGGAAGGGGGGGUGGGGGGGGGGGGUGGCGGGCGGUUGCAGAAAGGAGUCAUGUUAGUGAUGAUGCCACACCAGCGGCCGAGCCCCUCUAACAGGUUGCUCUGAAAUGUCCCGUGUUCUCUAGGAUUGUACUAGUGGUUUCUAUUGGCCUUUACUUUGUUACAGUACUGUGUUUUUAUUUUCAGCGCCACUGUGCUAAGUAGAUCGUGUCGUAUUUAGUGUAGCCAAUGCUAUCAUAGUAGCAGAUAGACGAGCUGUUUUAGCUGUGCAUAGGAAGCUUCUGGAAAAGCUGUGUUUGAAAAGCGUGAUGUGGAUGGCCCACUGGCAUGACACACACACACACUGUAGUCACUCUGAGAAGUAGUGAGGUUCAGGUUCAGACAGUAGAGACACCACCAUGUGUUUGUUCCAGCUACACAGAGCUAGCUGAUGGCACCAACCUGCUCUAGGACUGUGCAGACCAGCAGAUCUGGGGGGGGAUUUGAAUCAGCUGGUUUAGUGCAUGGACAGUGCACAAGGUAGUACCUCUACUUUUUGAACCUCAACUGUGAUCUCGGUAUGAGAAGACAAACAUACAGUCUCUCAGCUGCACACAAAGAUGUACACUAACAUCAACACACAAGAGAAGACUAAGAAGCACAAUUAUCCCCUUGGCCUUCCUGUACCAUGUCAAAUCUAUAUGGAGAAGUGUGCUGUCCUAAGCAGGUCGCAUCAGAGCGGGUGAAUUUAAGCCUUGUUGUGGCACACCAUCAACUAACAAGAAAAACUGCUGCCAAAAACGGAUUACACAGCUGGUUUAUUUUUUUUAAUUUUUUUCAAGGGCCAAAUCUUUUGGCUUCAACACUAGAGGAUGUUCACUGGUUAUGUUUCAUCCCUUCCAGACGCAAACCCAGUUUGUUGACUAGGAAAAAGAACAAGCACACAACAUACGCUUCUAAUUUUACAUGUUGACAAUAUAUUUUGUGAUUUUACUUGAUACAUUCAACACAUACGCAUUGUCAAAAACCAUAAUAUGACUGAUUCUUGUUGGUCACAGAUAUACUUUGGCUAUAUUUCGUGGAUUUAUUGACAUUAGUGUACCAGUAGCCGUCAUAUCUAUCGACUCUAUUUAUAUAAUGUAAUACUAUAAUAAAUUAAAACAGUAUUCCAUCAUUCUAGUUGUAAACGAGUCGACUUCAUGCUACUGGUACGAUCAACGAUGAAAGGGGUUUGUUUACACAUAUGGGCUCAUUGAAUUCAAGCCACGUGGCUGAACUAUAACACGACUGUAGUUCAGGUACCAGCACCUUUCUGUACAUAGUAACUGAACUGUGUCCAGCAUUCAAACAACUUAUGUAGGUGUUUAUAUUGCGAUGAUCGUGUUCGAGAUCGUAGUGGUCAAUAAUUUAUGACUACACAGAACUUGCAUGUCUAUCACGACUUUGACCUCAGUAAUUAUUUUCAGAGGUGUGGAUGGUGCAUUGAUGCAACAGAACCCUUUCAGUGCUUUUCGUCUGACCAGGAGAGGCCAGAGGGUUCUUCUAUUUGUUGCUAAAGGCUUAGUAAAGCACUGGUUUAAGAUAGCACACCUUAACUAUAUGAAUGACUUGAAUACAAAAUAAUUUAAAACCAUGGAUACGAUUGUGAUAGGAUAUCCAUACUGGGCCACGUGUGAGUAGCAUAGAUGUCAGCCUAUAAAUAGCAAGGGUAUCUUCUUCAAAAGCAUUUUUAUUGAAUUGGGAGAACGACUGGGCAAAAAAACGACUUUGUUGCAACUCCAGUGCAUUCCCAGGGAUGGAA